AUGGAUAAGGCUUGGAUGCAUAUUGAAGAUAGAUUGCAUUCCACUGAGUAUGCUGAAGGGGUUAGACAAUUCCUCUCUAUGGUGUUAGCCCACACUCCUAACACUGAUCAGAUUAGGUGUCCAUGUAGAAGAUGUCGGAAUAGAGCUUUCCACUCCAUUCGUAUAGUCGAGGAUCAUUUGUUCUUCAGAGGUAUUGAUCCAACUUAUACGGAAUGGAUAUUCCAUGGAGAAGAUGGCCCUUUCCUUUCUGCUGCACUCUCUGCCGAUGAAGAAGCUGAUACAUCUUCUAACAAUGAUUAUAUUGAUGAUCCAGAAGAGAUGUUUGAUGACAUCCGCCAUGGGUCCUAUAUGGAUCAUCAUUCUACUAAUGAGGGAUACAUAGAGGCAGAUGAUCAAGAUCAGACCUUUGAUGGUCGAACUAACUUUAAUUUUGAGGAGUUGGUAGCUGAUGCACGACACCCACUUUAUCCUUCAUGUACUAAGUUCUCAAAGCUAUCAUUCAUCAUCAAGCUUCUUCACAUAAAGAGCAUUGGUGGUUGGACCGUGAAGUCCUUCGAUAUGGUCAUAAAGCUAUUGCAAGAGGCAUUUCCAGAUGCCUCUUUCUCUGACUCAUAUAACGAUUCCCGUCGCUUGGAGCGUGGAUUGGGAUUUAGUUACGAGAAGAUACAUGUCUGCCCAAAUGAUUGUGCGUUGUUUUGGAAGGAAAAUGCAUCGUUAGAUGAAUGCCCUAAAUGUAAAGCUUCUAGGUGGGAACAAAGCACAAUUCACCAACGAAGGUUACCAAAAAAAGUUCUCCGAUAUUUCCCCCUGAAGCCACAAUUGCAGAGGCUUUAUAUGUCAAAGAAGACAGCCCAGGCCAUGAGAUGGCAUGUAGAAGGCCGUGUUGAAGAUCCUACAUGCAUGCGACAUCCAUCAGAUUCUAGGGUUUGGAAGGACUUUGAUAACAAACAUGAGAGAAUUUCCGAAGAUCCUUGA